AUGCCACAGUGUCCCCCCAGCCUGGAGAGAAAGCCGGGCCUCAGGGGCAGCUGCCAUGGGGUCCCCAAGAGGAGAGACAACAGAAGGCUGAACCAUUGUAGUCUCGGCCAGCAUGGAGCGAUCAAGAGCAGCUGGUGGCCAAUGAAGAUGACCCUGUCUGGCGUAGCUCUGAUCAGGGGAAAUGGUGGGAAAGUUUUUACCACUCCUGAAAGUGAAGGUCCUGUUCCCAGAUGCAUGGACUGGGAGAGUGAAGUGGAGACUGACGAAAUGUGCUCAAGCGUCUGUUGUGAUAUGCAACGUUACAGGAGGAGGACACUGGCAACAGAGUUUGGUCCAAGGGAACGGAAGAAUUCUUCAGGGAGCUCAGAUUCCAGAGACUCUCCAGUCCCUGGUGAGGUCAUGGAGGAGGAUGAGGAAGUCCUGAUGAGGAGGCAGAAACAGAUCACAUAUGGAUAGAACACACUCGCCUAUGACAGAUACAUAAAGGAAGUACCCAAGCACUUGAGACAGCCAGGAGUUCAUCCUAAAACUCCUAACAAGUUUAAGAAAUGCAGCCGGCGCUCAUGGGACCAGCAGAUUAAAUUGUGGAAGGUAAAGAUUCACGCGUGGGACCCCCCAGCCCAGGAAGGCAGUGAGCUGCAGGCCAUAUAUGAGGUUGACUUGGAUGAUGUAAUGGAUAUUGAGCUAGAUGUCCCUGAGCUGGAUUCAGACUCAAGCGCACAGCCUCCUAAAGUCAGCAAGGCCUCUUCGCCUCAAGUGGACUCUUGCCAAGUAACUCCCAGCAAGAUGAUGAACAUGGAUACAUCGGUUGACCUUGAAAUGGCCUAAAUGUCCUUGGUGGUUUAGAGGAUAAUGUGGAAAGGCCUGGGAUAUUGAUUUCCCUCAACACCAUGUUUGAAAUGG